AUGUCAUCUAGUUCCACCACAUGGUUUAAUUUUUGGAGUAAUACUACUACAACUGACAAUACUAAUGAUAAAACUACAACAAAUGAAACUGCUUCUACAGAUCAAUCAGUAAAAGUACCGAACCAAGCAUCUGUCAGCAAAUCAUCAGGCAAAAUACCGAACCAAAUAGCUGUUAUCAAAUCGAACUCACCAAAAAUAAAAGCAUUAUCAAAUGCCUCACCAAUAAAGAAAAAACCCGCAACUUUAUCAAAACUGGAUAAUUUAGGACAUAGAGCUUCAACUACAUCUUUGGCAUCAAUGACAUCAGGUAACUGGCUUAGUUGGAAGAAAGAACCAACAACAUCAUCGAACUUUAAAGACGAUCAAGACAUAGAUGAAGAUGACGAAAGGCGAGAUGAAAAUGAUGAAGAAAUAGAAACAAAUGAUGAGGAUAUUGUACCUGAUGACAAUGGAGAUGAAGUUGAUGAUCAUGUUAGAGGAGAUUCAAAUACAAAAAAGGGAAUCAACUGGUUCUGGAAUGGAACUAAUAAUUCUAAAACAAAUUCUAAUACUGCUUCAAAUUCAAAUUCGAAUAUAGGAAAUGAAAAUAAUGACGAAUCAAAUCAAAGUCAAACCCAAAAUUCAACCCAAAAUCCACCUCAAAAUCAAAGUCAAAGUCAGAGUAAAAGCAAAGAAAGUAAAAUACUCAAUGCAACCAACACAAUUUUAAAUUCAACUCCAUCUAUACCAACUAAAGAAGAAUUAAGCAAUUUUGCUAAAAAAGUUCCAGAUGAAGUACAACGAGAUGAUGCAGUUUUAUAUAAACCUCAUGAUAAAGCAGCUCAAUUCAAUCAAAUCAAUACUCAUAAAAAUGAAAAUUUAAGAGAAAAUAUUAUAGUACCGGAUUGGAAUACUUGUCUUCCGACGGCAAAUGAAGGUCUUCAUGUUUUCCAAUCAUCAUCAACUUCAAAUCAAAAUAAUUCUAAUCAAAUUAUACGGACAGAUUUGAAAAAUUGGAGACAAUUUUUAAAUUUAAUUUCAAGUAAAUUUGGCUUUUCAGCAGGACCACUUUCAGAUUCAGAUACUUCAAGUCAAUCUGAUAAUGAUAAAGCAGAAGAAGAUUUUGGUUUACUCUAUGAAAAAUCUUAUAAACUUUAUGGAAAAUCAUUAGCAAUACUACCUGAAGAUAAAAGAGCAUGUUUACCAAAUUAUAAUAAAUAUUAUCGUGAUGUUGAUUCACCAGUUAGAAAUGAAUUACCAUCACAAUAUGAAGAAGAUCAAAAUGAUCCAAAUUCCAUAUCUAUAACAAAUGAUGCAAUGGGGAAUUUAUUAAUUAAUAGUUCAAAUAAUAAACGCAAAACUUUACAUCAAUCAUUUAAUACAGAAAUUGUUAAUUAUAAAUCUGGUCCAUUAAAAAGAAUUAAAAAUGUUUUAAUCAUAGGAGUUCAUGGGUUUUUCCCAACAAGAAUGAUACGACCAUUAAUUGGAGCACCAAAGGGAACAUCAUUAAAAUUUGCAAAUGAAGCAGAAAAAGCUGUAAUACGUUAUUGUGUUGAAAAUAAUCUUAUAAAUAAAGAUCAAUCAGAUGUAAGUAUUCAAAAAAUUGCAUUAGAAAAAGAAGGUAAAAUAUUUGAUAGAGUUCAUUUUUUUACAGAAAUUUUACAAAAAUGGGAAACUGAAUUAAAUAAUGCUGAUUUUAUUUUUAUUGCUUCUCAUUCUCAAGGUUGUGUUGUAUCAAUUAUUUUAUUAGCUAGAUUAAUAAGAAUGGGAAUAUUAAAAGAUCCCAUACAUAAAAGAAUUUCAAUAUUAGGAAUGGCAGGAAUUAAUAAUGGACCAUUUUAUGGUGUUGAUAAAUCAUUUUUUAUGAAAGCUUAUUCUGCUAUUGAACAUGAUUCAUUAAAUGAAUUAUUUGAAUUAACUAAAUUUGAUUCACCUCAAUCAGUUGUUUAUAAAGAAUCUAUAAGAACAAUAAUUAAUGUGAAUGUUAAAAUAUGUUUCAUAGGAUCUAUAAAUGAUCAAUUAGUUCCUUUAUAUUCAGCAUUAGCAUCACAUAUUUUCCAUCCAAAUAUUUAUAGAGCUUGUUAUAUUGAUUAUACUUCAGCUACACCAACAUUUAUUGAAAAAUUAGUUUCUUUAUGUUCACAAUUAUUAAAUUUAGGAUUUUUUGAUAAUAAUGUUAUAAAAGAAUUAAGUACUUCAUUGGCAGGACCAUUGACAGGUGGAGGACAUUCAAAAAUUUAUAAUGAUGGUAAAGUAUAUGAUUUAGGUAUAAAAUUUGCAUUAGAUACUGAUGAUUUAGUUAUACCACAUGAUGGAAAAAUUGAUUAUGAUGAUUUUGAUAAUAGUGAAUUACCAAUAUCAAAUCAAGUAUAUAUAAAGGAAUACAAUGUUGGUAAAAUUGGUACAAAUCCAUUUGUUUUACCUUGGUGUUUAAGAGGAUUUUUAUUUAAUGUUGAAAAGAAUUGGCCAACUAAAAAUUAUCAUAACAAUAAAAGAAAUGAAGGAGGUUUAACUAAUGGAUUUACUGAAAUUCAUGAAUUAUAUGAAAUUUUUGAUAACUGGAAACCAGAUACAAAAAUUUAUAAAGAAUUAAAAUUUAGAUUAAAUGGGUUUAGGGCGAGUAAGUUAUAG